AUGUAUCUCAACGGAGGCAUUUAAGCUAAAAAAGUUAUUUGGUCAUCAAUGGCAGAGUUAGAGAACCCGAAUGUGAUGACAAAUCUUAUCACUUUUCUCUCUUCUCUGCUUCAAAGAGUGGCUGAAUCCAAUGAUAUUAACUGUCGACUUCAGCCCCAGAAAAUUUCUGUUUUUCAUGGCUUAGCUCGCCCUUCUAUCUCAAUUCAAAACUACUUAGAGAGAAUUUUCAAGUACGCGAAUUGUAGCCCGUCUUGCUUCAUUGUUGCUUAUGUUUAUCUUGAUCGGUUCGCCCAAAGGCAACCCUCGUUGCCUAUCAAUUCUUUCAACGUUCAUCGUUUGCUUAUCACAAGUGUCAUGGUUGCCGCAAAGUUCAUGGAUGAUAUGAAUUACAACAAUGCUUACUAUGCAAAAGUUGGAGGAAUCAGCACAACAGAGAUGAACUUUCUUGAAGUAGAUUUUCUCUUUGGAUUGGGCUUCCGCUUAAAUGUGACACCCAACACUUUUCACACUUACUGUUCAUAUCUUCAGAGAGAGAUGAUGCUACAACCUCAACCAUCUCUAAAUAUAGCAGAAUCAUCUUUAAACAUUGGAAGAUUUCUAAAAGUCCACUUGUGUUUCAAUGAAGAUGAAACCUCACACCAACAGCAGCAACUAGCUGUUUAAGCUUUAUUGUAAACUGUUAAAAUUGUAGUUAGAUGCAUGUAGAGAUAUAGAGACUCUGUUUACUCUUCCUCAUUUAUAAACUUGUCUCUAUGUCUUGUAUUUGUUUACUUUUUCUGGGUUUUGGAUUUCAAAUGAUUUGGUAUGUACAGAUGGAAGAUUCUUCUUUACAGUCUGGCAAUGGAAGUCUAUUAUGUAAUUAGUCCCUUAAUUUUAUUGCUUGAUACUCUUUUUUUUCUGGCCUUAA